CUUUCCCAAACCAUGAAUCGCGGCCCCAUUGUCCUCACAAUUGACGAAGCAGAAUACCUUCUCGACCAACUUCCACCCCCUUCAAAAGACGAAGAUACCCUCGUUACAAAACUCCGCGAAAAACUCGAGAUCCUUUUAAACGAGCUGCGAAAAGGUGCUGAAGGCUCUGGUCAUUAAAAAGAUGGCGGAUUACAAUGUCAGUGUAAAUGUUGUCGGUCCCCUGGAUUGUAACUGCGUUAUUGUGGGAAAUAAGCAGACGGGUGAGGCGGUUGUUGUUGAUCCUGGGGGAGAUGUGCAAUUGAUUUUGGACGAGGCAGAGAGGAUGAAUGUUCAAAUUAAGAAAAUCUACCAUACCCACGCCCAUUUCGAUCACUUUCUCGCUACCGCCCAACUCCAAAGCGCAACGGGUGCAACAACCCACCUCCACCAACAAGACCAGUUUCUUUGGGAAAGACUCGAAGACCAGUGUCGCCUCAUAGGUCUCAUUCUCUCAUCUGAUCAAAUCCCAUCUCCACCCGACACCCUCCUACUUGGUCAAGAACCCAUUACUCUCGGUACAACCCAAAUCGGCACAGUCUUGCAUACACCUGGACACAGUCCCGGAUCAUCUUCUUAUUACUUUCCUGAACUGGGUAUAGUGUGCACGGGGGAUACACUAUUCAGGGACUCGAUCGGUAGAACCGAUCUCUGGAAAGCAUCCUUUACAACCUUGCAGGAAUCAGUUCUUUCAAAACUCUACACACUUCCAGAUGAUGUCAAGGUGAUUCCUGGCCAUGGACCCGCAACGACAGUGGGGAGAGAGAAAAAAUACAACAUGUUUGUGAGGGACGUUGUGGAUAAGGGGGUAUCAAAGUUGGCGGAGGGAUGCGCGGGGUGUGAAGCAUUGAAAGGAUUGGAAGCGAGGUUAUGAAACAGUCCCCUUUCAUGCAUGGCCAUUUUAAACAGAUGUCACACUCGCUGCACAUGGUGUAUCUCAUGUAUUACAUGCAGACAAACCAAAAAAAAAAGACACAAGGUCCAUUAUGAAUAAAAGUCUCUUUAAAAAUG